AUGGAUUUGAUGGUGCGCUAUGUCUCGCCGGUGAACCCGGCCGUGUUUCCACAUUUGGCCAGCGUGUUACUGCUGUUCGGUACAUUCUUCACCGCCUGGUUCUUCGUGUUCGAAGUAUCUCGCCCGAAACAACCGUCCAAGGAGAGCGUAAUCUUCAAGGAGCUGGCCAUCAGUUUGUUUGCAUCGCUGUUCCUUGGGUUUGGAGUGCUAUUUCUUCUGCUUUCGGUUGGGAUUUACGUGUAA